AUGGCUAAGCUGGGCCAUGGAGACGCAGUCAAGACUCUUCUAGAAGUUGGCGCUUCAUGGAAUGCCCUAUCUCUUUCCAAUCUCUUCGUUGGCGAUUUCGUCAUGGACACAGACCAUGAAAAAGCCUACAACAUCCUUCUCAGUUUUUCUGUUGUUGAGAUUGGAACGGUGGCAGGUGGCAGUGGUUGGCAGGCAAUAGGUGGUGGUGGUGGUGGUGGCGGCUGGUCGGCUGUGGUGGGGUUGUUUCGGUGCAGUAACCGCACCAAAGUCACGCAAUCGCAUACCAACCGAAACCAUGCGGUAUAUCCAAAAUCAAAACCACCGCCGAUCCGCACAAGGCCGGUUACCGGGGGUAUCGGCAUCGGUUGGUGUGUCAUCGGCAAUCGGUGUCGGCAAUGA